AUGAUUGAGGAUACCCUGACCCACAUGACUCCAGGGAAGGCAGCUGUAUGUCUUCUGGGCGUUCUUUUCAUCGCAGGCCUGCUUCGCAAAAUUCAGGUAUCUCUUGAGAUUUCUCGACUCGGCUGCAGGGCCCCUCGUGUGCGGCACAGGCUGCCAUAUGCGUUUGACCACAUCUAUAGGGCCAGCGCUGCCAGUGCAAAGCAUCAGGACCUGUCGUUUUGGCACGACAUCGUCAAAUAUGCCAAAGGCGCCUCAAGGGUGGAGUUUCCUCAAACCGCGGAGAUCGACUCCGGAAUCUCCAACCGAGUCAUCUUCACAUUCGAUCCUGAGAACAUCAAGGCCCUGCUCACCGGCCAAUUCGCCGACUAUGGUAAGGGAGAACACUUUCAUCGGGAUUGGAAGGAGUUCCUAGGAGACAGUAUUUUCGCGACCGACGGUGAGCUGUGGUCUCGCUCCAGGCAUCUAAUCCGCCCCAUGUUCGUUCGCGAACGCAUCGUGGACACCGAACUCUUUGAGAAACAUAUCCAGAAAUUAAUCCCUCUUCUGGCGGGAGGGCCUUCCUUCAGGGAGAGCAAGGUCGUUGAUGUCACCCCACUGUGCUUUCGGUACACUCUGGACGCUGCGACAGAUUACCUUCUAGGUCAAGGAACAAACAGUCUUCAUAACCCGACUGCCAUCUUCGCUGAAGCUUUCCGCUACGUACAGCAUUGCCAGACAACUAUCUUUCGAAUGGGCCCCUUCAACUUCCUCGUUCCCCGCAAGGAGUUCCGCAGGAAUCUUCGCAUCAUGGACGAGUUCCUGCAGCCGUACAUCGAAAGAGUUCUCUCUCUAUCACCUGAAGAGCUGGACCAGAAGGUCUCCAGCAAGGACACCUUCCUCGACGCUCUGGCUCGCUUCACCCGCGAUUCUCAGGUCCUCCGCGAUCAACUAGUUGCCAUCCUCCUCGCCGGCCGCGACACCACAGCCGCAACUCUCUCCUUCUGUCUGUUUGAGCUCGCACGUCACCCUGAGGUCGUCUCCAGCCUCCGCGCAGAGAUCGACGCGCAACUGGGGCUCGGUCCCGCCAACCGCAAACCUACCUACCUCGACCUCAAGGAGAUGAAGUACCUUAAUGCGGUGCUCAACGAGACCAUGCGCCUGUACCCCGUGGUACCCUUCAACGUCCGCUCCUCCCUGAAGAACACUUCCUUGCCGCGCGGCGGCGGACCCGACGGACUCUCCCCCGUGGGCAUCCGCGCCAACACCCGAGUCGUCUACUCCACCAUCCUCAUGCAGCGGGCCCCCGAGAACUACCCGCCACCGGGGAGUCCCGGGUACUGCGACCCUGGAAAAUGGAUUCCCGAGCGGUGGCUGUCGGGCUGGCAGCCCAAACCCUGGCACUUCAUCCCCUUCAACGGCGGGCCGCGCAUCUGCCUCGGACAGCAGUUCGCCACCAUCGAGAUGGGCUACACGGUUGUGCGCAUCUUACAGGCCUACCGCGCCAUCCAGGCCUUGCCCGCGCGCGGACAGGACGAGGUCGUGGACCCGCCCUUGAAGUUCGAUGUAACGCUGACGCCGGCGGCGGAGUUGAAUUGUGUUUUUGAGCGGCACGGUGAGAGGGAUGCUGUCUCCAAGGAGGAAUAGUCGCGACAGUAGUGCCAGGAUCAGCAGCCUGCUUAUAAUUUAUGCGGCUGGCACAAAGACACCAUGUCGUGGGUGCAAGGUUAUCAUGGGAUGACAAAACUCGCGGGACCAAGGGGAUGAGUAUCACUAUGCUGCACUACGAGCAACAUA